GGCCGAGCUGCGGGGGGAGCGCUCGCUGGCUCGCUGCUGCCGCUGCCGCCGCCGCCGCCGCCGCGCUGUGCUCCCGCCGCUCCCCGCGGCCCGUGGAUGGGGGUGUCCCGCUGAGCCCCGCGAUCCGCCUCCCUCCACCAGGACCCGGACAGAUAAACGAGUCCUGAGAGUUGCCCCUGUCCUAUCGCUGGGCAAGAAUGGAGGCCCCCCUGGUGAGUCUGGAUGAAGAGUUCGAGGACCUUCGGCCCUGCUGCUCAGAGGACCGGGAGGAGAAACCACAGUGUUUCUAUGGCUCAUCUCCCCACCAUCUAGAGGACCCCUCCCUCUCUGAGCUGGAGAAUUUUUCUUCCGAAAUAAUCAGCUUCAAGUCCAUGGAGGACCUCGUGAACGAAUUUGACGAGAAGCUCAAUGUCUGCUUUCGGAACUACAACGCCAAGACGGAGAUACUCGCUCCUGUGAAGAACCAGUUCCAGAUCCAGGAGGAGGAGGAGACCCUGCAGGACGAGGAGGUUUGGGAUGCUCUGACAGACAAUUACAUCCCUUCACUCUCAGAAGACUGGAGGGACCCAAACAUGGAGGCUCUGAAUGGCAACAGCUCUGAUACUGAGAUCCAUGAGAAAGAAGAGGAAGAGUUCAAUGAGAAGAGUGAACAUGAUUCUGGUAUCAAUGAGGAACCUCUACUCACAGCAGAUCAGGUGAUUGAGGAGAUAGAAGAAAUGAUGCAGAACUCCCCAGACCCUGAGGAAGAAGAGGAGGUCCUGGAAGAGGAGGAUGAGGGAGAAACCUCCUCCCAGGCAGACUCAGUCCUCCUGCGGGAGAUGCAGGCCUUGACCCAGACCUUCAACAACAACUGGUCCCACGAAGGCCUGAGGCACCUGUCUGGGUCGGAGCUGAGCGAGCUGCUGGACCAGGUGGAGGGCGCCAUCCGGGACUUCUCGGAGGAGCUGGUGCAACAGCUGGCCCGCCGGGACGAGCUGGAGUUCGAGAAGGAAGUGAAGAACUCCUUCAUUACGGUGCUUAUCGAGGUUCAGAACAAGCAGAAGGAGCAGCGAGAACUGAUGAAGAAGAGGCGGAAAGAGAAAGGUCUGAGCCUGCAGAGCAGCCGGAUAGAGAAGGGAAACCAGAUGCCGCUCAAGCGCUUCAGCAUGGAAGGCAUUUCCAACAUUCUGCAGAGCGGCAUCCGCCAGACCUUUGGCUCCUCGGGAACGGACAAACAGUAUCUGAACACGGUCAUCCCUUAUGAGAAGAAAGCCUUGCCCCCGUCAGUGGAAGAUCUCCAGAUGCUGACAAACAUUCUCUUUGCCAUGAAGGAGGAUAAUGAGAAGGUGCCCACUUUGCUAACGGACUACAUUUUAAAAGGAGGACUUCAGGCUGAACAUAGGGAAGAACUUCUGCCUCUUAAAGGCUUUCAAAGCCAAUUUCUCAAAGGAGGUCUGUGGAAAUGGGAUCGUGCUCUGCCCCACCUAACCUUGCCCUCGGGGGCAGCCUUGCCACGGAGGUCACAGAGCAAGAGUCAUUACAUCCCAGGGACUGCAUGACACCACGUAACCUCCGAUGUGUAUUUAAACGUGUAUAGCUUAACCUGGAUUAAACAUGAGCAAGCGCGCGGGGUCCUUUGCUGUUGGCUUCUAGUCCUAGUGAUCAUUGGAUGCAUGACCGAGGGGCAGGGCUGGUGAGGCGCCUCCGCCGGGGGGAAGGCAGGCGCUCUCACCGCUCACGAUGUAGCCUGGCUCCAGCCCUCGAAAACAGCUUACCCUCUAAGACUAAUUUUGAAAUAAACCUUCAUUUAAUUAA